AUGACCUUGGACCCCAACCAUCUGCCCCAUGUCUCCCGAUGCAUGAGCCUGGCGAGAGCGGCAGAAUCUGCCUUGGAAAUCAGCCGUACGGCAGUUGAAGAUCAGUUAAAGAUAUGUGGCCACAAGAGGGAUGCUGAUGUCUUUGAGCUGUUUCUUUCUCAAAAGGAACUGACAGAGGUCACUGAUCUUUCUAGGUUUAAAAAAUUAAAAUACUUAUGGCUGCAUCAUAACAAGCUCCAUGGAAUAACAUUUCUAACUAGAAACUACUGUCUGACAGAGCUAUAUCUAAACAACAAUGCAAUAUUUGAUAUAGAAGGCCUUCAUUAUUUGCCUUCAUUGCAUAUACUCCUGCUACACCACAAUGAGUUAACAAGCAUUGAUGCAACAGUGAAGGAAUUAAAGGGAAUGCUAAACCUGAAGACCCUAAGUCUCUACCAAAACCCUUUGUGCCAAUAUAACGUGUACCGUUUAUACAUAAUCUACCACCUUCCAGGAGUGGAGUUUCUUGACCGAAAACAAGUUACAGAAAAAGAAAGAAGAUCAAUGAUUACGAUUUUUAACCAUAAAAAGGCUCAUAUUGUUCAAUCAAUAGCAUUUGGAGGAAAAGUAGAUGCUUCAUGGGAUCCUAAAUCUCCAUUUAAGCAAAAACCAGCCCAGAAAGUACCUUCAGACUUUGCAUUUGCGAAUAAUGUAGACAGAACUAUUUUUGAUGACCCAGAAGAUGCUGUUUUUGUAAGGUCCAUGAAGCGAUCGGCAAUGGCCAUUACAUUUCUGAACUGGGACACGGUUCCAACACGAGAGGAAAAAUAUCUCGAAGAGAAAAGCACAGAACCUGCUCAAAUGCUCACAGUUACACUGAGAUAACCCCUGGGGUUUCUAGAAAUCACAGUGGUUUUCAGUUAAUAUUAAACUUUUCUGUUAUUAGCAUAUUAUAUGUUUAUUGUGGUAUUUGAAACAUUUAAAUGUAAACAGAAACACCGAUGAAAAAGAAUUCCUACAUUUUAUCUUGUUUCUGUUUAAGUAGAAGAUAUAUAUAGAAAUGUACACAAAUCUAAAGUGUUCAUCUCUACAGAUUUUCAAAAAAAUGAGCAUGCUCAGUGUAACUGGCAUCUUAGAUCAAGAAACAGAACAUUAUCAGCUCUCUAAAAGCCUAUCCUAUUACUAGUCCAAUUACCUGUUACUACCACCCUUCGAAAGUAAUCACUGUCCUGAUUUCUAAACCAGGUAUUAAUUAUGUCUGUUUUUGAAAGGCAUAUAAAUGGAAUCAUAGAAGUUGAAUUUUUUUUUCUGGUUUCUUAUACUCAGCAUUGUAAAAUUCGCCCAUGUAAUUGCUAAUAGCAGUAAUUGUUCUCAUUGCUGUUUAGAAUUCCAUUGUGUUACUAGACCACAAUUUAUUUAUCCAGUCUACUGUUUUUCACUCUUACCUUUGGAGGCAUCUGGAAAAAGAAGGAACUGUUGAUACACACAUAUUGAUACACACAACUUGGAUAAAUCUCAGUGGUGGUUAUGCCGAGUGAAAGAAGCCAGUCUCAAGUUUAUAUACUGUAAGAUUUCAUUUAUCCAACUUUCUUGAGGACAGAACUACAGGAAAAGAGGACAGAUUAGUGGUUGUCAGGGCUUAUGAGUUGGGGCAUGGUAUGGGACAGCAAGAAAGUAGUUUGUUUUUUUUGGGGGGCUGUUGGAUAAUGGAACUGUUGUGUACUGAUUAUGGUAAUAGUUACAUGAAUCUGUACAGAUACUAAAAUGCAAAGAAUCAUACACCUAUUUAUAAGUCAAUUUUAUUUGUAGGUUUAAUUUUUCAAAUAAAAACUUAAAAAGUUAAAAAAAACAAAAACAAAAACAAAAACCCUGCCAGUUCUGGGUGUGGGCUUAUGGUCUCUGCUUGCCCCAGCCAGAAGCAUUCAGCUAGAGAAAAAGGAAGCCAGAAAAGCUUUCAGCAGUUGCCUGGUGCUGAGACAAAAAAACUGGACAUGUAAGCGCCUGCACACCAUCACACCAUAGACACACUAUAGAAGUGGGGCUGAAAUCCAAGCAGAAGAGAGGUGAAAACCCUAGAGGGAGCAGUGAACUGUCACUGAGAACCUGAGAUCUCCUUUCACCUGUGGGCACCUAGGAUUCUGUGCUUAGCUAGAGUCUGAAAAGUCAGGAAGCCAGCUGCCUUGUCAUGAGGACUUUUAAGCAGUCCUCUGGAGAGGUCCACGUGGUGAGGAAUUGAGGCCUCUUUCCAGAAGCAAAAAGCCAAAUGAGAAAUUUAUUUGCUCAAGUAACCAAACCCCACAAACACAGUGUAGACGAUCAGAGCCCAAUGGAUUCGACAGUGUUCCUCCCUCUCUCUCUCCUGUAUCUGCUCAGUGGAUGCACUCUCU